AUUUGACCCAAUCCAUUAUUAUCUGUCACGUGCUUCAAGUUGACCCUAAACUUGUUCAAUCUGGUUAUCACUGCCAGAGGUCUGAUAACUAGAGCACGUGAUAAUAUCGUAACAGGUACAGUGUCAGCAACAUCUAUCUCUAAGGACAGCAGCGACAGUCUGUGGAUGUCAAGGCACAGGCACACAUACAUGUAUAUAUAGCAGGGCAGUGUCUCAAACUAACCAUAAAACCAAUACUUCAGAUGAAUUCCAUGGAGACCACAGCUUUAAUAAGACUUUUGCUGGGUCUUGUACUGAUAGCCAUGACGGCAAUCCCAUCAUGCUCUGCACAGUGUCAUUAUGACUGGCCGGAAUAUUUCAAGAACCUGACGACAUGUCCCCGGAAAAACCCUAUAGAAAAUGGCACUGCUGACUACCACAUAAAAUGCAACUUUCACGGGCCCGAGAAUGUGACCUUGAGGUGGUACAGGCGCAUGCCAUUUGACCCAGACGGAUAUAACGAUACACUCAUCUCACCAGGGGACAACACCUCACAUAUUCAGACAUUCCAAGAUGGCCGUCUCAUCAUUCGCAACGCCGAACUUGCAGAUUCUGGGGAUUAUGUGUGUAAGACAGCAGACCUGGUAAAUGAGGCACUGGCGGUUGUGAAAGUGUUCGUCAUGCCGGACUAUAUUUUAGAAAGCAUCAUUAUUGGCACCACUUUAGCCGUGUGUAUGGCAAUAUGGCUGACGUGUACCCUCACCCACCAUGUUAAACAGCAGAAACAGUUUAAAAAGCUGAAGGCUUUAACUGAGAAUGUGAGAUAGCAUUUUGAUUUGCUGUGCUCACAAUCAGGAAUAGGCCAAUAACUGGGAUGAUAUUGUCAGACUUUCAGUUUUAGACAAAAUGAACUUUAUAUUCCUAUCACAAUGGUGAAGAGAAAACUGAAAUCCU